CUGGGCUACUGUCCAAAAUGUACGCGGGACGGAAACGAAGAAAGCCUACGCAGAGAACGGUGAAUCCGCUUCCAGCUGAAGGUGUGAAGUCGAACCCAUCGAAGCGGCACCGGGACCGGCUGAACGGGGAGCUGGAGCGUCUGGCGGGUCUCCUGCCCUUCCCCAGCGCCGUCACGGCCAGCCUGGACAAGCUGUCCAUCCUGCGCCUCUGUGUCUCCUACCUCCGCGCCAAGAGCUUCUUCUCUGUUGCCUUCAAGAACAAAACCAGCAAGGGGUUGCUCACCAAUACCAGUAACCAUGACAACAAUAAAGCGACUGAAUUGGUGGAAGGAUGGCUGCCAGAGGGGGAACUACUUUUGCAGGCUCUCAGUGGGUUUGUGCUGGUGGUCACAUCAGAGGGGAUUAUAUUCUACGUUUCUCACACCAUUCAGGAUUAUCUAGGAUUUCACCAGACAGAUGUGAUGCACCAGUCUGUGUUCGAGCUCAUCCACACGGAGGAUCAGCAGGAUUUCAGACGGAAUCUGCACUGGGCCUUCAACCCACCUCCAAGCACAGCCCCACCCGUGAACAUGGAUGGCAACACUGUUUCCAAUUCUGCGCUGGUGGCGUACAACCCGGAGCAGCUCCCUCCUGAAAACUCCUCCUUCCUGGAGAGGAGCUUCGUGUGUAGGUUCCGCUGUCUCCUCGACAACUCCUCCGGCUUCCUGGCGCUGAGUUUUCAGGGCCGCUUAAAGUUCCUCCACGGACAGAACAGGCGAUUGGAUGAUGGGGCUCAGGCUCUGUCCCAGCUUGCCCUGUUCACUGUAGCCACGCCCCUGCAGAUGCCCUCCAUAUUAGAGAUCCGCACCAAGAACAUGAUCUUUCGAACCAAGCACAAGCUGGACUUCACGCCUAUGGCUUGUGACGCCAAGGGUAAGAUCGUCCUGGGCUACACCGAGGCAGAACUGAGAGUCCGGGGAUCGGGGUACCAGUUCAUCCACGCCGCUGACAUGCUGUACUGUGCCGAGAACCAUGUCCGAAUGAUUAAGACUGGAGAGAGCGGGUUGACUGUGUUCCGACUCCUCACCAAGGAGAACCGCUGGAAAUGGGUACAGGCCAACGCCAGGCUGGUCUACAAGAACGGCAGGCCCGAUUACAUCAUCGCCACGCAGCGGCCGCUUGGAGAGGAAGAAGGGGGUAAGUACCUGAGGAAACGUUCCAUGCACCUCCCUUUUACCUUCACCACCGGGGAGGCCUUGCUGUACCAGACCAGCUGCCCCGUCCCCGGUUUCCCUGACAACCAUCGAGGCAAAGGCAAAAGCAGCCAAGCCAAGAAAGGCAAAGGGCCCAAGGGUUCCAGAGAGGCAGUGGACCCCAGCUCCCUGCUGGGGGCGAUGAUGAGGCAGGACGAGUCCGUGUACGUGUGCCAGCCGGCGGCAGAGUGCAAACUACCCUACCAGGGCAACUUGAUCGACGAGCAGGGAGACGUCGGCUCGUGGCCACUGCCUGCGGUCACCGAAGGCUGGGAGCGCGCGUCGCAAGGUGCAACCGGAGACUCUGACCUGGGGAUGUCGAGUUUCGACCCCCUUCUGGCCACCCUGGACUCUUUGUCCCUGGAGGGUGAGGAGUGCUGCUCCAACAUUGAGCUGUUCAGCGCUCUGGAGAAUCUGGGUCUGAAUGCAGAGGACCUUGAGCUGCUGCUGCUUGAUGACAGGAUGAUCCGGAUGGAGAUGGAACCAGACAGAGUCCCGUCCCUCAAUGAUCUCCUCAACAAUGAGGAGAUCCUGUCCUAUGUCCACGGAUCGCUGGAGAACCAGACUUCAGACAUCUCCGCAGGUCGCCAGGACAUCCCUGUCCCAGAACAUCUGGACCCUGCUCAGGAUUCCUCAGGGGUCACGCCUCACCUCCCCAGUACCGUUACCGAGCCGGGCCCAGGGGGUACAUCACGCCCGUGUCUGCCCCACUGCCUUCCCAGACAUCCAACCCCUAUCUUGCCUCUAUCACACCAGAUGCAGCAGUACCUGAGCCAAAAAUGUCAUGCUAUCAAGCUUCCACAGCCCAGCCCUGUACUUGAGAACUGGUUGGCUGCCGAACACAGUGGUCACUGGGUACCCCAGUAUACACAGACACAAGUGGACUAUCCAUCUCAGGUGAAGGGCAAAGUGCAGAAAAUCAAUCACCAGCAGCACUGGCACCAGGGCCACAUCCUGUACAAACAAAAUCCCUCUGAUACUAACGGCAGCUCUCACGAUGAGGUCCACAGUGUUCUCCAGUGGCAGGGGUACAACCACAUAGACCAGAUGGACCUGAUGUCCAGUGGCCCUUGCGUGCAGGAUGCCCAUGUGGAUAACAAUAUAGCCAGCAGGCCAGGGGUGGAGUUUACAGUAAGCAGCUGCCCAACUGGGAACAUGGCUCAAUUUCAAAAUAUCAUGGCAACACCUUCAUCCUAUCAGCAAGUUUAUCAGAUGCAGCAACAGCCAAAGGUCCUAUCCACGUGUUACUCUUGCACCAAUCAGAGCUCCUCAUUAGAGGCUUUUCCCCCCGAGGACCAGCCCUCUGUGGGCGCUUUUGAAAUAUUUGACUCCGCCCCACCCGUUGACACCACCAACAGCAAGGUGGACAAUAGCUGUGUACUCAACUCCACCAGUGUGGCCUACACAGGAAGCGUCGUGCUACCUAACGGCAAUAUAGCAACCAUGCCCGGCAACAGCCCCCAUGACUGCCCCGAGCCCCGCCCACUCCUCCCAGAUGCUAAUACGACAGGCUUCUACCUCUAA